AUGGCAGCGUCUUCGUCUUCUUCCGGUGCUCAACCCAAUGGUGCUUCGGGGGAAUUCCAGCAGCGCCAGCACAUUACAGAUGAUUACCACCGAUUCCUGUCCACGGCGUCCCUUGCAACGUGCGUCCUCGCCCCGGUCAUCAUAGCCUUGCCCCCUCGGAAACUCGACCUGUACUCGUUUUCGCUGGCUGGAGCAUUCGUCGUGUCAGCGAACUACCAGCUUAAAGAACGGACGGGCCGAGGGAUCGUCGAGCGGGCCCGCAUGCCACAUAUUUUUGGAAUGCCGGAGCAGGCGAGAGAAAUACAGCUCAAGAUGCGGGCGCAAGAAGAAAAGCGACUGCUUGAAGAGUCUCCUUCUGCGACGACGCAGAAAAAGAGUGGUUCGUUACUCGAGGAAAAAGCGAAGGAACUGUGGAUGGGUGGAGAGACCGAGGGAUGGAAAGAGCGCCGGUUGCGGGAAGAGCAGGAGAAACUUGCGAAUGGCGAAGGAUAUGGGUCCAUGAUCAUGGACCAGAUCUGGGAGGUGUGGAACUGGGGGAAGGUGAAGGAUGAGGACGAAGAAGAGCCUGAGAAAAAUGCGGCCAGCAAAGGUGUUGCAGAGAAGCAAAAUAAGACUGGGUGA